AUGUCGAAUACAAAUGAAAAUCAAUCCGAAAUUGAUGAAGUUUCUAAUUCACCACAACCAGAAAAUUCAAUUUCAUCAGUCUCUCAGCAAGAUGAUGUUCAACAAAGAUCAACAUCAAAUAAUCAUAAUCCUCCUACUCGACAACGUCAAUCACCAUGGACAAUAAUCAAAUCUUUUCUAUUUCGAAUAUUAAUGAUUUAUCUCGUUACACGAUUUUUUCGUCGACCAACAACCGUUCAUCCCACAGAAAAUAAAACAUUACCAAUCAAUCCAGCAAUUUCUAAUAGUGCUUAUAUGCCAGGAAGUCUUUAUGCAACUGGUGAUUUACUUGAUAUUUAUAUAUUUAUUAGCGAAGAACAAGUUUAUAAAUAUGACCCAAUGAGAAAACCUAUUUGGAUAUUGAAUCAUUUUCACUAUGGAGAUUGGACAUCAGAAGGAACACAUAUAAAAUUUAAUGAGUUUUCUAUUUCAGAAAAUGUAAAAAAUAAUGGUUCAAUUUAUUUACAUGUUGUUGUAACGAAACAUGGAUAUUCUAUUGAUCCAAAUCAACGUGAAUCUCAUUCACCACAAUAUACAUUUUGGAAAAGUAAACGUUUAAAUAAAUAUAAAAAGAAAGUUUAUAAAAAAACGAAAAAUCUUUUAACGGGUAAUACUGACCAAGAUGAAGAAUAUCAAAAGAAAGCUGAUGAUAAUGUCGUUGAACUUUUAUCACAUUGGCAUUCAAAUAUGACAAUUAAUUUACUUGAUGAUCAAUCAUCAUGGAUAAAGGGCAGUAUACCACCACCAUUGGAUAAAUAUAUUGAUUUUGAUGUGUAUACUGGAAAAUUUUAUCCAGUUCUUUUUUUGAAUGAUUAUUGGAAUCUUCUUGCUGAUUAUUAUCCAAUUAAUAAUACAAUCGAUAAACUAAAUUUAACAAUUACUGUUGCACCAAUACAAUUAUGGAAAUGGCAAAUGUUUAUAUCACAAAAUAUGCGUCAAUCAUGGUAUGGAAAUUUAUUUAAUGAUGAACAAAAUGAUGAAGAUCAAGAUACACUUAAACGUGCACUUGUUGAAACAAAUCCAUAUUUACUUGCAAUGACUAUAAUUGUUUCACUUAUACAUACAGUUUUUGAAAUAUUAGCCUUUAAAAAUGAUAUUCAAUUUUGGCGAACACGAAAAUCUCUUGAAGGUUUAUCUGUUCGAAGUGUUUUCUUAAGUAUAUUUCAAAGUUUUAUUGUCCUAUUAUAUGUAUUUGAUAAUGAAACAAAUACUAUGGUUCGUAUUAGUGUUUUUGUUGGAAUAAUUAUUGAAUUAUGGAAAGUACCAAAAAUUGUUAAUUUUGAAUAUUUACCAAAUGAAAAAUGGUUUGGUAUAAUACCAAAAUAUAAAUAUGUCUAUAAACAAUCAUAUAAAGAUACAACAACAUCGGAUUAUGAUCGAAUGGCUUUUAGAUAUUUAUCAUGGCUUUUAUUUCCAUUAGUUGUUGGCUACGCAUGUUAUUUAUUAAUGUAUCAUGAACAAAAAAGUUGGUAUUCAUUUUGUUUAAGUACAAUUUAUGGAUUUUUAUUAACAUUUGGUUUUAUUAUGAUGACACCACAAUUGUUUAUUAAUUAUAAACUUAAAUCUGUAUCACAUUUACCAUGGCGUAUGAUGACAUAUAAAGCAUUAAAUACAUUUAUUGAUGAUUUAUUUGCUUUUGUUAUUAAAAUGCCAACAAUGUAUCGAAUUGGAUGUUUUCGUGAUGAUAUUAUAUUUUUUAUAUAUCUUUAUCAACGUUAUAUUUAUCCAGUAGAUCGCACACGUGUAAAUGAAUUUGGUACAACAGGUGAAACGGAUUCUAGUAUUAUACCUGUUGACCAUGAGAUAUUAGGAACUAGUCAAGAUUCUAAUAGUCAAAUAGAACAAUCAAGAUUUAAUUUUAUUCAACAAAAAUUAUGUACCAUCUACGAUAAUUCAAUGCUUCGUUCAUUAAUUCGUCCAAGCACAUGUGUGCGAUGUUUAAUCAAUCGAAUUCAAUAUAAUAGUACCAGCAACAAUAAAUCUGAAAUCGAUCCAGGAAACAUAUUUAUUCGUAAAGAUGUUCAAGAUUUAUUAAUAAAUAUAACUGGUUUUGAUUUAUCACGAAUAUUUCAUCUACGUAAUAAUAAAAAUCUUGAUCGUAUUGUUUACAAAUAUUUAACUGAUAAACAACUCAAAGAAGAACAAGAAAAAACAAUAGAACGUGGUCGAGCUAAACUUCAAAUGCCACCUGUUUUACCUGAAGCUACAGAAAAUGUUGAAAUUCUUGAAAAAGAUGAAAUGCUAAGUGGUUUUUCAUCUAGUAAACAUUUAUUUAUGGAUAUAUCACUUGGAAUACCAAUACGAGAUCGUCUUAUUGUCGCUCGAGACGUUGAUGGAACAUUACGAACAGCAACAUUAGAUGAAAAACGACGAAUGAGACAAAUUUAUUUUCCUAUAGUUGGAAGAGAAUUAAUUAUGCCAAAAACGUUUGAAGACAAAAAUUUAGAAAAAAUUUUAGAACGAGGAGAUUAUGAAUUUAUACUUGAUCGAGCAUGUACUCAGUUUGAACCUGAUGAUCGAGAUUAUAUACAUGUUACACAUAAAACAUAUGAACAUAUCGAUCAAACAAAUUCUUUUGAUGUACUUCGAUCAACAAGACAUUUUGGUACAAUGGCUUUUUAUUUUGUUUGGUUUAAAAAAAUUGAUCGACUUAUGAACGAUAUGAUUAGACGGAAUUUAAUAAACGAUGCUGUUUCGCUUCUUCAACUCUAUGCAAUUGUACAUCCAAAUUCCAAAGUUGCUGAAUAUAACUUUAACGAUGCAAAUCCUCACGAUCUUAUUCAAGCAUUUAUUGAGAAUGAAGCUCGAAUACCAGAUUUACUUAGUGAAGCACUUCGUCAAUACGUACGAAAGACUCAACAAGCUAUUGCUAAUGGAUAA